AUGGAAGAAAAAAUCACUGUGCGAAUGUUCGAUAAGGAAUCCACCGAUCAGUUGACACGUGAGAGAGGAAUAUGUUUGGCAACUGAUUGCAACGUGAGAAAAUACUUUCUGGAACUAAGGGAGUGCACCAGGAGAGUGACGAAAAAGCCAUUCACUGCGGAGACCUGUCACCAAGAAACGGUAGAUUUGAUAGAAGCCCUGGACAAAUGUAUUUCGAAUAAGGCUUUUAUGAAAAUACGUUAG